GGCCACUCGCUGGGCUCUGUCAGUUUUCAAGCUGAGCAGCAGCUUGGAUAUUACAUACCCUCCACAGCGGCACGAUUUUGCUCUAGCUCGGCUGAAGUUUUCCCACAGAUAAGAGGGAAAGGGGUGGGGAAGAAAGAUUGCCCCGAGGACACCUCUCUCUUGCAGGACAUGGAGAACAGGCCAGCAGAGACCAAGUCAGAGGUGGACAAGUCAGCAUCACCCUCAGUGGCUCAGCUAGCAGGGAAAUUCAAAGAGCAAGCAGCCAAUAUCACUGGAAAAGAGGUACCACCACAUAAGCCAGCUCGGAGGAAACCACCAUGCUCUCUUCCAUUGUAUUCCCACAAAACUGAGACAAGUGACAACGAUGAGCAAAAGCGGUCUCCUAAUGCUUGCCCCAUUCCCAAGGUCAAGGUGAAAAGCUCCCCCAUGAUUGAAAAGCUGCAGGCCAAUCUAGCUUUUGCUCCAGCUGCUCUGCUGCCGGGAGCGUCUCCCAAAAGCCCUGGUCUGAAAGCCCUGGUUUCUCCGUUCAGCAGCCCUCCCUCAACGCCCAGCAGCCCAGGGAUUCAGUCCCAGCCCAGUGAAGGGAAUGAGACGCCGGUCAGCUUUGAUCAACCCCCGGAAGGCACUCAGCUGCAAUUCUAUAACAAGGUGCGGACGCGGGGAUCGAUAAAGCGCAGGCCUCCCUCCAGGAGGUUCCGAAGAUCUCUAUCUGAGUAUGGAGACGGAGAAGAUUUAGGGGUCAACAUCUCCUCUCCAGAAAAUGGUGCCAAGGAAGAUGGGGAUGAGGUAUUUGGGCCCAAGGCCAAGACAGAGGAGGCAGAAACAGGGAGCAAAGAGCAAAAGAAACAGACAGGGUCUGAUGAGAAGCCCCCAUCAAGGAGAGGAUCCAGCAGAUCAGAUGAAGAAAAAGGGGAAAAACAGCCAGAGGAAAUGACUCCUUGCAAGAGUAAUGCAGGGUAUACAAAGGAGGAGGAAGUGUGUUGUAGUGCCCCAGGGGAGGAGAACUCUCCCCAGCCUCCAUCUGGAAACAAGGAGGAGAAGGUGUCCGAGGGUCCCCAGGGAGAAGAGCAGCAAGGCAGUGCCUGUGAACAGGAAAAGGGGGACAAGGAGAAGGAAGAAGCUGAAGCAAAGGACACCAGUGAGAGCACAGACACAUGGAGAAUGUCAGACACUAAAGAAGCAUCGCUGGCACCUGAACCGCUGCAGGACGCAGUAGGCUUAGAGACUGCCAGUGAGCCUUCAACGUCAGCCACACAGGACCAGGGCACAGCGUAACCACGACACACAGGACACAUCCAAUCAGGGCACAGGAGACUUAACAUGUGAAUAAGAGGCAUCCAACCCAAUCAAGGUGGAAGCUACUAGAAAACCUUCAGUGGCAGGAGAGGAGCAGCAUACAGAUAUCCCCUGAGGCCCAGACUCAUCCUGGAGCUGAGUGGCUGCUCACUGGCUCUCCGCUUUGCACCAUCAUCUUUUGGGACAGUCGGAACAAGAGACUGGCUUGCAGCCACUUCUGAGUUCAAAACUGAGGUGUUGGCUGACAUUACUUGGUGAUAUUUGGGGACUGAGGGACCUGAUACUUGCUGUCCUAGAGCUGACAGCCACCACCACUCCUGGUCCCCCUGCUCCUUCAUCCUGCUCCAAAAUGUCUUUUUCUUCUCCCCUGCAUUGGUCUUAGAUGAAGUUCAUCAGUUACAUACACACACGUAUGGUGCCUUUUGGUAGCUUCUUUUGAAAUAUUUUGGGUUUUCAAAUUUCAGUAAAUAAUGUUUUAAGAGUAGGAAAAAGUAUGUUUUCUCCAUAUGUGCUGUAUGGCAGACAAUGUGAACCCUGAACAUGGGGAAAACUUAGGACAUUGUUCAUAAAGCAUAAAAUCCCUUUGACGUGGGGGUCGAGCUAGCUGAUCUGUGAAACAGCCAACCAUGGCAGGCAAUUUUUCUAUGUGCUUCAACUUUGGGGUGUAUUUAGUGCUGGUGGAAAGUAACAAC